AUGAACUUCAUCAAGGAUUUGAGUAUCGACAAAGUGCGAAACCUGGCAGAAGAUGCCAUCAACCAGGCAAAGCCAAAAACCGAUGUGGAGGCCCGUGUUUACGAAGUCUUGUCGCACAAAAACUGGGGUGCUUCCUCCUCUUUGAUGCACGAAGUUGCCCGUGAUACCUUUGAUGCUGAACGCUUUUACAUGAUUUCUCGUCUAAUGUGGGAAGGAAUGGAGAAUCAACGCCCAGCUGCUUGGAAGGUAGUCUUUAAGGCCCUCACACUCCUCGAGUUUUUGAUCAAGAAUGGUGCCGAACGAUGUGUGGACGAUGCUCGUAAUCAUGGACACGUCCUGAGAGCCUUGGGAAAGUUCAACUACUAUGAGGGUACGAUUGAUCGAGGAUUGGGAGUUAGAGAAAAGACGAAACAGAUUACGGAAUUGCUGUCGAACGAUGACAAUAUUCGAGAAGAGCGUCAGCGAGCUAGAAAAUUGAGAGAAAAGUUUCGUGGGAAUGUUGCUUCUUCUGCCAAUGCUGGAGGCGGCGGAAGAGGAGCUGGUUAUGAAAACUAUGGAAAUAGUGGUGGUGGUGGUGGCUAUGGAAACGGAGGCAUUGAUAGUGGCAGUGCUACUGGCCGAUAUGGCAACACGGCAACCCCAACUUUUGCAGCCAUGCCUGCCGAGAAGAAAAAGAAGAAGAAGAAAAAGAAGCCAGUCGCAGAACCAGCAGCUCCAGCGGCUGCUGCACCAGAAAUUGAUUUGUUUUCCUUCGAUACGCCAGCAGCCGCACCGGCGGCAGCACCUGCAGGAAAUGAUGAGUUUGCUAACUUCCAAUCCGCUGUUGCACCAGCACCUGCCGCAGCCGAUGACUUUGAUGCAUUUGGAACUUUGAGAUCGGCCAAUCAAUCCACACCAGGAAGUGACCCGUUUUCCGCGCCGGCACCAGCCCCACCACAGCAACAAGCAGCCGCAUUCGAUGCUUUCGGAAACAGCAGCAGCAACAACAACAAUACUGCUAAUAAUAUGGGAGCCAUGAUGGGCAACAAUAAUGCUAAUAACAUGGGAGCCAUGAUGGGCAACAAUACUGCUAAUAACAUGGGAGCUAUGAUGAGCAACAACAUGAACGCCAUGAGUGGAAUGAACACUACCACCAACAACAACAUGAAUGCCAUGAACAAUGCCUUUGGUGCAAUGAAUGUCGGUCAGCCGCAAACUGGUGGUAUGAUGCAACCCAGCAUGCAAGCGGCGCCUCAAGUAGCCGCUCCAGCAGUAGUCGGAGGAGGAGGAGAUGACGACGAGUUUGGUGACUUUGGUUCCGCUCCUACUGCAGCACCUGCUGCCGCAGCUACUAGCACAUCUUCUGAUCCGUUGAGCAAAUUGAUUUCUCUUGAUGGUCUGACCAAGAAUCCAUCCAAGAAAACUCAACAAAACAACACGGGCUUCAACAACUUUGGAAAUGGUGGUGGAAUGGGCCAAAAUAGUAACAACAAUAUGCAAAUGAACAACCCAAUGCCAAGUGGGCCAGUCGUUGUGUCUGCCGGAGGUAGUGAUGCCAUCAGUUCCAUGUUUGGACCUGCCCCAGUGCAACAGCCAAAUCCUCACAUGCAACAACAAAAGCAGCAGCAACAAGCAGGAAACCAAAUGAAUAUGAUGGGUCAAGGCAUGCAAGGCGGCAUGACCCCACAGAUGAUGCAACAAAUGGCCGCAAUGCAAGGUGGUAUGACCCCACAAAUGAUGCAACAAAUGCAACAACAAAUGGCCGCAAUGCAGCAGGGUGGAAUGAACCCGCAAAUGAUGAACCAGAUGGGAAAUAUGGGAAUGAUGAACAACAACAAUGGCAACAACAGCAUGCAAGGUGGCAUGAAUCCUCAAAUGAUGAUGAAUCAAAUGGGAGGAAUGCAAGGAAUGCAAGGUGGAAUGAAUCCCCAGAUGAUGAACCAGAUGGGAGGCAUGCAAGGUGGAAUGAAUAAUCAGCAAUUCCGAUAA